AUGCACAGCCCGUCCCUCGCAAGAACACGUACACGCGUGCAACGAGCCACCCCGCUAUCGCCAUCGUCAGCGCUGACGCUCGUUGCCGUGGCCAAGUACAAGCCCACAUCAGACGUGCGCUACGCUGGAGAGAAAUACGUACAGGAGCUCGUGGACAAGGCAGUACAGCAGGUGCGUCUCGUAUCUACAUGUCUGGACAAAAGUAUGCUCAGUUGCGUCGCGCGCGGGCCUCCGGACAUCCGAUGGCACUUGAUCGACACGCUGCACUUCAACAAAACCAAGACCCUCACAUGCCCGCCCUCUCUCUCUUCUCCUCCCAUCCUCUGCAAUGAAACCGGCCCCGCGCUCGCGCACGGUGACGUCCGCCACUUGAGUGCAGCGACCGCGCACGGCGCCGCUCCCGACGACCUAUUGCAGGUGAACCCCUCGGCAUAUCAUCACGACAUGCCCGCGCCCGCCUCCGUCCCUGAGAGGGAGCCGAUCGACGGUCACAAACCCGCGGAGUCGUGUCAAUUGGACGCGCAGAACCGCGACCUCGCGACGCGCUGGAGACCGUCCUCGGCGCCGAAGCGGGCGGCACGUGGAGCGAAGGCGGGAGGCUGGUGCUCAGCAUAG